CUUCCCUAUCCUCGUCACAAACACAAAGGGGCAAUUGCUUAUCCGGCCAUAUUCACCCUCCCCUUCCAAUUCCAUUGACCCUACCAAACGACGCCUUGGAGACAAGCCGCUGCCAAAGCCACCAGCGAAGGAGAGCAACGCGAGGAUUGGAGUGACAAGCAACUGUCUAAAUGUUGGCAAAGGGUAGGAAAGUCGCUGGUAGGGGAGAAGCAGUGGCUGCACAUUAUGCUUUUGGCCCACUUGAAGAUGAUAUAAUUAUAAAACACCGGCUUCUCACCCGCACAACAACCACAAGAGGUGAACCUCCAUUGAAAAAACUUCAGAAGAAAUUCACCUCUUUUGCCCUUGAGAUUGAGAAGGAUGUAGAUAACUACAAUGACUGCGAAAGACUUGCCAAAACCUUCAUACAGGAGUUGAAGACUUUUGAGCUUCCGCUCCUUAAGAGCAAAGCAGUUAUAGAUGCGAAUCUGAGAGAGAAGGAGAAUUUCAACGAGUUAAAUGAUGAGAUAAACAGGCAGAUUAUUCAGGCACAAGCGGACAUAGAGGAUCUGAAGAAACAACUAGAGGAGAGCAAGAUCGAAAGGCAGCACAAAGAAGAGUGUGAGGCAAUCAGGAGGUUAAUCGGGAUGCAACCUCCAAGAUCAGAGACACAGAAGAUCAUAACAGACCUUGAGAAAGAGAUUGCGAUGUUGGAGGCAGAGAAUACAGCUGGUUCAAGGAUGCUGGAGCUUCGCAAGAAACAAUUUGCUCUCCUCUUACAUGUGGUAGAUGAGCUGCAGAACACCAUAGAGGAAGAGCAAAAGAGUUUGAUUGAGGAGAUGAGAAUAGCACUUGAUGACCAAAAGAAUGGUGUGGAGGAUGCAACCGGGUGUUCCGAAGCCAUGGCUGUUGAUUAGCGAAGACUGCUGCAUCUCACCCUUAAACAUGUAAGGUGGUUGUUGAUCUUAAUUCUUGGGAUGCUGAAUUCUGAGAUUUCUCUGUAAUAUCUGAACUCCAUUUGUAUCUUUUAGUACAAUGAAGUUUUGUAUCUUAUGACUUCAAUUUUCUCCUUUGUAGACCGGUUAUGGGAGUAGUUUGAAAUGCUUUUUUUUUUC